AUGCUGAAUCCAUCCCCAAAGGAAACCCAGGAGAGUCUCAAGCGUUCUUUCGCCAAAUAUCUCGCCGCGGAUAACAGCUCCCCAGCCGUCGGCAAGUUGUUUGAUCCAAGCAAACAUCUCUCGUACGAGGAACCCGAGUAUAUUCAUACCAUGGAGGACAUCGGUUUCCCUGCCAGCAGCGGGGUCUCGCCAGUUGCCGUGUCCGAACCUUUCCGCCUUUUCAGUGAAGAGGCUAUCAGUAUUAUGAGGGAGGAGAUCUUUGCCAAGGAGGUCCUAGAGAAACACAGCUAUAGCUCCGAUAUUGCUCAAAAACAGCUUCGUGGUUACGCUCCGAAGCAUGCCAAGUUCAUCUUCGAGGCCUGGAAACAUCCCGAAACACUUGCUAUCAUAUCCAAGAUCGCUGGAGUCGAGCUUGUUCCAGUUAUGGAUUAUGACAUCGGUCACAUCAACUUGUCCGUCCCCGGGAAAAAGACCGAAUACAACAGCGAUGCUUUGAUCGCUGAAGAUGACGACACGGCUAUUGUGGAUUGGCACAGAGACAGCUAUCCUUUUGUUUGUGUUCUCAUGAUGAGUGAUACCACAGGCAUGGUCGGAGGAGAGACAGCCUUGAGGACAGGUACCGGGGAGAUCAAAAAGGUCCGAGGUCCACAGAAGGGAUCCGCCGUCGUCUUGCAAGGUCGUUAUAUCGAUCACCAGGCCUUACGAGCAUUUGGUGGGCAAGAGCGCAUUACUAUGGUCACAUCUUUCCGACCACGCUCUCCAUGGAUUCGCGAUGACACCGUUCUAACAACCGUCCGGCCCGUCUCCAAUUUGUCUGAUCUCUAUGGCCAAACCGUUGAGUACCAGCUAGAGAAUGCGGAGACGCGCAUCCGACACAUGCUCAAGAACAUUCGCGAUUCAAUGAAAGCCGGUGCCACGGAUGUCAAGGCAAUCAAAUUCUUCCUCGAGUUCGAGAUCAACGCAUUGACACACCUUAAUAAGGAGAUUGUCGAGGAGCAUCUUGUCGCGAAGGGGCAUCUGAAGGAAGUAUGCGAGGACGCAGCCAAACGCAAAAAGGUCGAAUAA